GCGGCAUGGUGCACCAUGUGUCCUCGUGUCUACCGUUACCAUUAUUUUUGGGUAUAAAUAUCCAUUCUCAUUUCUCAACCAACACAGCACAACCAAACCAAGCUUCUAACUACACACUCUCUUUCUCCAUCCUCCACUGUAGUGUUUUGCUCUCUCUCUGUCUCUCUCUUCGUUGGUCUCAUUGUAUGGCCGCCAAUUCGAGUAGCCGAGGGAUCACCGCCUUGGGGAAGCGAGUCGCCAACCGGAUCUGGACCUCCAGCUCCCCUUCACCUCCUUCUUCUCCUCUCACUUCCAGGAGGGUAGCAGCAUAUAGCAGCUCACUGUACGACAAGAACCCUGAUGAUCAGAUCCACUCUGGGCCUGUCCCAGACGAUGUGAUCCACGCAACUCAGUCCGGCAAAUACUGGGCCCCACACCCACAGACUGGGGUAUUUGGGCCCCCCGGCGACCAAGUCACUCCUUCUCCUACCACUUCCGGCGGGGAACGCAGCUUUCAUUCGGAUGCAAAUACUGACUCCGUGCUGGAGGAGAAGGCCUGGUUUCGCCCUACCAGUCUCGAGGACUUGGAGAAGCCCCACUCCCUUCCGUAGUUUCAAAUAAAUAUAUAAACCCUUUCUGUUAAAACAUAUAAUAAUAAUAUAUGUGCGUAUAUAUUAUAAUACCAAAUAAAUAAAAGACACUAGUGAGUAGUGAUCUAGUGGAAGUGGUGUGGUGACUCUAGCUUUUGUAUAUUUAGUGCUAAGCUUCUAAGUGCCCACGGAUUGCAUUCAGGUUGGCUUAAGUGUGUGGGCUGGAGCUGCUUUUAUUAUACAUAGCUAGUCAUGAACUACGUUAUGCAUGUAUGCUUAUUGUUUCUAUUCUCAUGCAACUUUAAUAUCAGACUUAGGCGUUCGCUUUUGCUUAUGUUAUGUUGUGACUCGUUCUUCUUAAUAUCCCUUCUACUCUGUUACCCUUAACCCACUGGGCCACUGAGAUGUCAACAAGUUUCAAAGUUACCAGCGUAUUGGUUGACUCAUUUACAAACUGCCAGUGAAAUCUAUUUAAACUUGUUGUGGCUAACUCUAAGAAUGAGGUCCGGCCUAAGCAACGAAAUCGCCAUGGGUCCACUGGUCUAAACAACAUACAGUUUAGGUGUCUAUAAACGGACUUUUAUACUC